GACAGGACCGGAACAAAAGCGCGAGGCGAUUGCGAUGCCGCGUGUCUCCGCGCGUCGACUGCCUCCUCUUCUCCCUCGUCGAUCGAUCGAAUCAGGGGUUUGCGCUAAUGGGGAAGGACGCGAAGGCGGGAGGAAAGGGGAAGGGGAAGCAAGCAGGGGGUGGGAGCGAUGAGGCUGGUUCCAAGGGGAAAGGUAAGGCCAGCAAGUCAGAUGGGCUAGGCACUUGCACUUAUGUCAAAGCUAGGCAUAUACUGUGUGAAAAGCAAGGCAAAAUCAAUGAAGCAUACAAGAAACUGCAAGAUGGCUGGCUAGGCAAUGGUGACAAGGUCCCUCCAGCUGAAUUUGCAAAGUUAGCUGCAGAGUACUCGGAGUGCCCAUCUGGUAAGAAGGGCGGUGAUUUAGGAUGGUUUCCUCGAGGAAAGAUGGCUGGUCCAUUUCAAGAAGUUGCAUUCAGUACCCCUAUUGGAGCUACAAGUGCAGCAUUUAAAUCAACGCAUGGCUACCACAUUAUCCUGUGUGAAGGGAGAAAGAAUUGAUGAAUGCUGCUUCUAUGGGGACCUUUUUUUUGCCUGUGUCUAUUUGAACGAUGGAUAUUUUUGUGUAUGGCCACUGUGUUUCGUUGGGUGCAAGGUGCUUGUUCCAUGGGUGUUCAAUGAAUGUAUGACAAACUUCUCCUUAAAAUGCGUUAGUGCUUUUUGAUUACUUUUCAUUGGAGACAUCUUGAUGGGUCAAGAUCUGAAAUCUAGUAAUUGUCCGUGUGACAAACAAAAGGAACUUUUGGAUAUGGAAUAAAAGAUGGCGGACAAAAUUUACCGACA